AGUGACUUCCCUUGCGUGCACGAGCCGUCAUUACUGGGAGAGUGGCUUGACCGGCUAUAAAAGGCGUGAGCUUCUUUCCUCACCAUCAGUCCAUCGCCUCCCACCAUCAGCACAAUGGCAGCUCGUGUUCUCCUCGUGAUGGCAGCCGUAGUGGCCCUGGUGUCUUGUGAGCGUGGCUACUCAGGUGGCGGAGGUCGCUUCUCCGGUGCCAACCUGGUGAACGACCAGAGAUCACAGAACGCCUACGGGGAGUAUUCCUUCCAAUACGAAACCAGUGAUGGUACCUACAGGCAGGAGGAGGGCAGUCAGAACAACGGACAGUUGACCCGCGGUAGAUAUUCGUACACUUCCCCCGAAGGACAGCCCGUCGAGAUCGCUUUCGUCGCUGAUCAUGGCGGCUUUCAGCCCAGUGGAGCAGUGCUGCCCGUGGCCCCGCAGCUGCCCUAUCAGCGCGUCCAGACUUUCAACCACUGAGCGACUUCCUUUAAAUGGGAAUUUCGGGAAUGCGGACUGCAUAUCCUAAAUACCCAGCAGCUCCCCAUCCCCUCGGCCACACUUCCCCAGACCAGCUCGACAGCCAGGGAAUCGCCGCUGGUCGGCGAGUACCGUAAUCUCUCAACUUGUUCCUUCAGCACGCAGUCCAUUCUGAAUUACUUUAUCUGUUGUAGUGUUAUAUUUGUUGUUAAUAAAUGAGUCGCGCCUCA